AUGCAUAUUAGUAAGCAGUGGAGUAACAGAAAAACGAAUCUUAAUCAAGAUAAGGAGGAGGAAAUAUACCUGCCCUGUUUAAUAAAGACAGAAAAAGGCCUUGCUUAUACUCCUAAUUGGAAAGAAGAUAUCCGUCGUCCAAAAGAUAAUCUUAGAAAUACCAGCCCCUAUAAAAACCUAGAUAGUAAAGAGGAUGAAAACUAUCUAUUAAAAAUAGAAUGUGAAGAAUUAUAUAGCUAUCCAACUUAUCCGGCAACAAAUAACACAAAUACCAUAAAAACUAGAACCGCAAAUAGUCAAUUCUAUAAACUACAGAAGGAAUCAAACAAUAAAACACUCGAAGCUCAGUGUGCAGUUUGGAUAGAAAAAGUUGAACAACUUCAAAGUUUAACUAGUGCUACAAAGCCGACUAAAGGAUCGGUUAAAAAUCUUCUAUUCCAAGGUUGUGGCUCAGAUAAAGAUAGGGAAAUAAAAGGCACUAAUAAAGUAUACCAAAAUAAGGACAAAGGCAAGAAUAUAAUAAAGCCUAUAGUUACAUUAGUCGGCAUUAUCCUAUUGUUGUUUCUAUGCAUAACGAUGGCUAGUAUUGGAAUACCACACUUCCCCAGUCGCAACGUGAUUAAUCAGGUGCCCAAUAAUGUU